AACCGAACGCGGCUGCUUCGCCGUCGCCCAAUCGUGGCCCUACGCGAUGCCCAGAAGGGGGACAGGCUCCGCCAAUCCGCGUGCUCCGAGAGGUGGUGCCUAUUACUAUGGGAACGGGGGAACUAGGUUUCGCUACAGAUCUGCUUCAAGGGGGUGUAUCGGCGAAGAGAGAGGCUGAGAGGAAGGAAGGGAGGAAGGCAGGGAAGGGAAAGGGAGGAAGGCAGGAAGGCGGGAGGAAAAGAAGCCACCAGGUGCCUGGCAACUGGGCUGCUGUUGCUGGGGGCUCUGUAGGCUGCCUCUCUCUCCUAGCACGCGAGUACACAAUAGGCAGAAGCCACAUCAGCUGGAAGACGCUCAGGAUCUCUCCGUCUCCAUAGCUAUGAAUCACAGCGAGAUAAAGAUAAGAUGGAAAGCUGUUUUCUUACAACAGUGUCUUUUGCUCCUGACCUAUCUUGCUAUUGCGCUAGAAGCAGUGCCUAUAGACAUAGACAAGACAAAGGUAAAAGCGGAAGAACAAGUAGAGAAUGCAAAAAUAGAUAAUCCGGAUACUGGGCUUUAUUACGAUGUGUACCUCAGGCAAGUGAUAGAUGUCCUGGAGACAGACAAACAUUUCAGAGAGAAGCUCCAGACAGCCGACAUAGAGGCAAUAAAGAGUGGAAAGUUAAGCAAAGAACUAGAUUUAGUUAGCCAUCAUGUGAGAACAAGGCUGGAUGAACUGAAAAGACAAGAGGUUGCAAGAUUAAGGAUGUUAAUUAAAGCCAAGAUUGAUUCAUUUCAAGAUUCUGGCAUAGACCAUCAGUUCCUUCUCAAACAAUUUGAGCAUCUGAACCACGACAACCCUCACACUUUUGAAGCUAAAGAUUUAGACAUGCUAAUCAAAGCUGCCACAAGUGACUUAGAAAACUAUGACAAGACUCGUCAUGAGGAGUUUAAGAAAUAUGAGAUGAUGAAAGAACAUGAAAGAAGAGAAUAUUUAAAAACACUGGAUGAAGAAAAGAGACGACAAGAGGAAGCUAAGUAUGAAGAACUGAAGAAAAAGCACAGUAAUCACCCCAAAGUUAACCAUCCUGGAAGUAAAGACCAGUUGAAAGAGGUGUGGGAGGAGGCAGAUGGACUGGACCCCAAUGAUUUCGAUCCAAAGACUUUUUUCAAGUUGCAUGAUGUCAAUAAUGAUCAUUUUCUGGAUGAGCAGGAGUUAGAAGCCCUGUUUACUAAAGAGCUAGAGAAAGUCUAUGAUCCCAAAAAUGAAGAAGAUGACAUGGUAGAAAUGGAAGAAGAGAGGCUACGAAUGAGAGAACAUGUAAUGAAUGAGGUUGACAUCAACAAAGACCGGUUAGUGACUUUGGAAGAAUUCUUGAGAGCUACAGAGAAAAAAGAGUUUUUGGAGCCAGAAAGCUGGGAGACCCUGGACCAACAACAGGUCUUCACUGAAGACGAUCUGAAGGAAUUUGAAAGUCACAUUUCCCAGCAAGAAGAUGAACUGAACAAGCAAGCACUAGAACUUCAGAAAAGGAAAGAAGAACUACAGAGGCAACAUGACCACCUUCAAGCUCAGAGACAAGAACUCCAGCAGGCUGUCCAACAAAUGGAACAGAAGAAGUUACAGCAAGGACACCCUCCUUCGGGACCAGGUGGAGAACUGAAAUUCCAGCCACCUGCAUCACAACCAGUUGGAAAUGUUCAAAAUCAUCCUGCGGGAGGCAGUCAGCCUUUACCACCAGGAAGCAUACCAGUACAAGAAACAGCUGCAGGAUCAGAUCAUGUUCAGUCUCACCCUUAACCACACGUGCCUCAAAUUUGUACCAUAGUUUUGGGAGAGAAGUGGGAGGGGAUGUGGUCAGAGAAGUAAAAACAAAUUGGGAAUUGAGCUUAAAAUCCCCAUUUCAAAUCAUUGGAUUCAUGAAGACUUUCAAAGGCACAAAUGAUACAAAGCAGGUUUAUAAAGCUGCCGAUCUUUCAGGUGAGAAGGGUAUAUUAAAAUAUUCUAAUUUUGUUACUAGAUUUAAGGAUAUCAUCCAGAUUUUAUCCUCAGGAAAACAUUAUUGUUUGACUUCAAUGUAAUUUGGCUGGCUGUCCAUCAUUUGUGCCUUGGAAAAUCUCCACCUACUUCAUGGUUAAAUUAAAUAUGUUUUAUAAUCUGCCAGAAGACUCACUGAUGAGGGAAAAGCUAAGAGGCACAAAUCUUCUACUUUUUUUGUAAAUGUUCAUGAUGCCAACAGUCUUGAUUGUCGGUGGGUGUAAAGUGGAAGUUUGCUUGAUCAAGACACAAGUCUAUGACAAUAUUUUCCUAAAAGUGCCAACAAUGGAGAGCAGGAAUUUAGGAUGGGUGUAGUGAAUGAGGGUGGGUCCCCCCCCAAUCUCUUUGGUCUUUGAGACCAAAUGCAUAGAAACCACCUGUGAUCUGAUUUCAAUAAAUUCUGCACAUAAAAAAGGAAGUCUAAUUGCAGCAGGGCGUAAUAGGCAAUAGUGAAUAUGCCUAGGAAUGCCAGUAUAAGAAGCCUUCAACAGAAAUAGUGAAUUUGAAGUGUAUUGAUUUAGCCAUCCGUAUUGUUGCAAACCGAAUGCAGUGUGUCAGCUGGCUACAUCCCCUGCAAGUCAGCUAUGAAAAAGAUACUUUUGUCCUACUUCCUUUCAUAAUAUGCCAGUUGCAUUUAUCCCUUUAUGAGCUAUGAAAACGAGCUCUUUUGAUGAUAAAGUAUAUUUGCAGAAUGAGCAAAGACCUCUCAUUGUCUUUUCCUGGACAAAACAGCUUGGCUCCUGCUGUAAACGACUCCUUUGAAAAUCAUCAGUAUGUUACAAACAGCAGUUCUCAGAAGCUGCAUUCUGAGUUUAAGCUAAAAUUAAUUAACACUGGGUAUGAUUACCUGAACGUUAAAAGGCAUGCAGUUUAGAUGUGGAUAUUUUCAUGGAAGCCUGAAGCCAGCAUCUUCAAUAAUAAUUCAAGUUUCUCCACAUAACCCUUUGUUUUUCUGUGAACUUGGCUAAGAGCAACAUGGCUUUAAGAGUUCUUUACCAUUUUAGCUCAAAAACACGCAUCCAGUUCAUUACAGCUGAAACCCAGUUUAUCCUUUGAACAUGACUCCUAAAGGCAUUCUUUAUUCCUGUGUUAUUCCUACUUGAAUUUUGAUUCAAAGACUACUGAAGCAAAUGGAAUGACAGUGGCAUUAAGACUGGAUACAAAGUAUUUAAAAAUGAAGUCUAAAAACUACAUUCGUUUAGGACAGUAUUUUUUUCCUGAUGGUUGUGCUGAUGGGGCAGAAAUAUGAGGUGGCUAUUAAAAUAUUGAACAACUGUAAUGAUUUCUGUUUCCAGGAAAUUGGCCGUUUUGCUAUAACAGAAUUAUUUAUAUAGGGCUUCCAGAUUUGCAGGCCUUCCCUAUACAAAAGUUAGGGAAGGAGAAUUUGGCGCACAGUUUGCAUAAGGCUGUUAAGCAUGUAGUGGGUACUUGAAAAAACCUGUGCAGGUUUUCUCCCUGCCCUUGAUGAACCGGUAGUGUGUGACUACUGCCAUGCACCAAAUUCUCAUUUAAUAAAACCACAAAUGUCAUAAUAUGAGCACAUCUCAAAUCAGAUAACAAAUACUCACAGGUGGCUUCUUGGAGUCAAAGAGGCCAGGUGGGCAGCCUUUCCAUGGAACCAGCCCAUGGUCAGAGUGGCCUAUGAACCAGUCCUGUGCUUCCCUUUUUCCAAGUUCCAUUAUCUUAACUGAAUUUUGCCGCGUUGCUUCUUGUCAUCUCCUACUCCUGCUCGGUGUCAGCCACUCUUUCCUUUUUAUGGUCCUGAAAUGAAUAUGGCAAUGUAGUUCUGAUCUAUAGGCUGAAUUGUCGUCCUGUAGCCCUAGACUUCUUUUUCCACAGCCCACGAUGGCCAGUAGAAGAGCCAGCACAGGCAACUGCAACCAUGCAUAGUGCCUUCCUAGUUGGAUUAUAUACAAGGUGCGAUGGAACAGGAUUAUUGGACUGAUACCCACGACUUAAUUCAUAUUACCCGUACAGGAGACCCUACAUGAGAAUCAAAAGAAGUUCCUGGAGGAAGGCUAUUUCUCUACAGUUUUACUUGAUACAGUACAUUAGACAGCUGCUUAAAUACAGGUUGUGAUCCUUGCUUGAGGCUCACCUAAUACAAUUGUUGGAAAGUUAUCUUCUGUAUUUUGUUUGUGGCCUCACAAGUAUAUACAGACCAAAAAAGCAUUCUGUCAUUAAAUUUUAUGUGGCAUACAUCCCUCUUUUAAGAUUAUAAAUAAAAUCACAUGACAAAAAUAAAAAGUUGGGUUGCAGUAUGA